AUGUCCAACCCGACCACUCCCCUUAGUACGUGGGAUCAACAGCAAGACGCGACAGAACAGCCGUUUCAAGUCCAAGACACGUCGAUAGCAAGCGGUUAUCAGGGACCAAGUCACCCACAUAUACAGCAACGUAUGCACCAGAUACCGCAGACAAUUCCUCUCGAAGAGCGGCCAUCGCCCAUGCAAUAUCGCUUUGACAACACGACAGUGGAUCAUUUCAGAUAUCAACAGCCAGCUACGACCAGCGAUGGUUCGGGCGGGCGGCGAGGAUCGAGCAGAGCGCCGUCACGCCCUAGCGUGAGUCCCAGCACACCCUCUACGUGCGGCCCAGGGCCUAGCACCAUGCCUGUCCGCAACAGUCGCGGUCGAGUGCAGACGCACCCAUAUGCCCGUCCGCAGUCAGCGACCAUCACUGGCUCGGGUCAACAGUCUCCCGUUGGGAGGCUGCGCCCCGUCCAGAAUGAGCCUACACCUACAAAUGCACAUGCAGGCACACAGCUCAGCCUGAGUGCCAAUGAAAUAAUAGCAGCGUCCGGGACUACAUCCUCGUCCGGGUCCACAGUGAUGUGCCCACUUAUGAAUAUGUGGAGAGCGAGAAUGCUAGUGCAAAACGUACUUCGGGGUGGGGAGAACGUUAGCCCUGAUACGACGACAAUUGACUGGAGACGCUGGUACAAAAUUCGCACCGACGUACAGCUUAAGACGGACAAUACCCUAGUGUACGCCCUGCAGCUUCCAGGUGUCGAGAAAGCCGAUGUGACUCCGAUACUUACGACAUGUCCGGUGAACAAGACCAAAGUAAUUGUCGUUGUGGGAAUCAUGCGCCCCUACUUGCGUCAAGAGUCGGGUGAAGUUGUCGGGCGCGAACACAUCGUCGGACUCUACUGGCGAUGCAUUAGCGUCCCUCAGCAUAUAGAGCGCGAAGAUAUAAACAUGAAGAUGGAUAAGGGAAUGCUGACAUUGAUGUUCCCUGCCGGCCAGCGCGUGCAGGCGAGACCCCAAGUUAUACCUUUCUCGUGA